GGCGGGCGGUGGCAGCGAAGCGUUUUGAAUCAUCCCUCUCCUCAUCACCCGAAUGAUAAUAUGUUUGGUAUUGCAUUUAACAUGGUGAGCAUGAGACCUCAAGUCGGGUCGGCAUAAUGGCGAACAACCAGCGUGACACAUAGUUGGUGGAGGCUGCAUCUAUCAAACUACACCAGCUGCUGGCGCGGUGGACGAUUCAAACGCAAGUGGUGGGUUACGUGUGACUCUCCCCACAGGUUCCUUGGCAGAUCAUUUUGGCUCGGUAGUUCUCACCGCGCCUGUGGUCAAGGCCAUGCGCAGCACCCUGGCUUGCUGGACUGCACGUCUGCCCAGGCUGAGGAAAAGGAGCAAAACAAGCUUCGGCGCCGACACGCUCAAUCUUACCAGAGGAAGAGGAGGGGAAGCGUAUAGCCUGCAAUGGCGGGCGCAAAUGUCCCGAGGAGUCCAUCUUGCGCGCGAUCAUACAGAGGCCGACAGGCGCCACUGGCGCUGCUGGGGGAGCAGGGGGGAGGAGGAGGAGGAGGAGGAGGAGGAGGAGGAGGAGGAGGAGGAGUCAGCUGGAUAGAAGCAGAGGUAGGGACAGCGACCGCAAUCUGAUCAGCUCAACUGCGACGCGCUAGACCAAGAUAAUAAGCUGACCCAGACUAGGGGUCAGCUAGGCGAGGCUGGGCAGACCUUAGCUGAGCCAAGCUAGGCGGUGAUAACACUCAGCUACAGUCUGGGAAGGUUUUCUCCUAACGCCGCCACGUUGACCAAUGCCGCAUAGCAGCAUGAAUUAUGUGAACGAUGGUUGCAGCAUGUGAUACAAUGGCCGAUCAUACACUGCACUUCGGAUGUCCACACCACCUCGCCUGUUUCACUGCAGCACAGGAGUGCCAAAUGUCGAUCAGCACGUGUGAUCACUACACAGCGUUCUUGUCCACGUGUUGGCACCCGCGACUUGUAUGAGGCAUUAAGCAACAUGAAAGGACAAACGGGCUGCGUGUGACUACCUUCCCCCCGACCCCAAAUCUCGGUGCCCAGCCGAUUGGUCCUCUGGCGCGACCUCGGUCACUGCGGCAUGGAGCUGCACGACCAGGCUCGCAGGCACACUGGCUGGGCACGGGCGCGAAGAUCCGCGCCCCAGGGUCGCGGCGGUGCCUCAGCCCCCCUCUGCCGGAGCCGUCCUGGACAGCACCACGCCGCGCUGCAGGCCCAGCACGCUGCCGUCGCGAGCAGACGCGGCGUCCUCAUCCUCCGCUGCCGUCGUCCUGGAAAGCACCACUCCGCGCUGCAGGCCCAGCACGCUGCCGUCGCGAGCAGACGCGGCGUCCUCGUCCUCCGCUGCCGUCGUCCGGGACAGCACCACGCCGCGCUGCAGGCCCAGCACGCUGCCGACGCGAGCAGACGCGGCGUCUUCGUCCUCCGCUGCCGUCGUCCUGGACAGCACUACGCCGCGCUGCAGGCCCAGCUCGCCGCCAGCGCGAGCAGGUGCGGCGUCUUCGUCCUCCGCUGCCGUCGUCCUGGACAGCACCACGCCGCGCUGCAGGCCCAGCACGCUGGGGCUGGAGCUGGCGAGCGGGGCGCCAGCCCCGCCGCCGGCGCGAGCAGGUGCGGCGUCCUCGUCUUCCGCCGCCGACGUCCUGGACAGCACCACGCUGCGCUGCAGGCCCAGCUCGCUGGGCAGGGAGGAAGACGCAGCGAGGGGGACUGCUGCUGUGGCAUCCGCGUGCUCUGGCCCUGCGCCUUUGCUGCCCUCCGCCACGGCGGUGUCGUCCUCGACAGCGCCACGCCGCGCCGCAGGCCCAGCGCGCCAGGGCUGCGGCCCCAGUGCCUCCAGCGAUCAACGUCGAGGGCCAGGUCUUGAGCGAGCGCCACUGCACAAGGGGGCGCCACGUGACGUGCGUGCCGAAAACGAUCAGGAGGACGCACAUCACUAGGCUUGCUAUGCGGCAGCAACUAUUGGAUAUCAGCCUUGGCUUGGGUGUCAGUCCCAUGCCCUGCUGCAUCAGAGCUACUCCGCUGGCGUUGGCUGCCUCGUCCAGGCUUGUGUGAUCACUCGUUGGGGUUAUCACGGUCACCGGAUGGGACAUGCGUUUUGGAGGCAGCUCUGCCAUAGCGGAAGGAGCUGCUAUAAAGAUCAGCAGCGCGGCGACAUUGCGAGGCUGCAUUGGGUUGCGAUCACUGGAAGAACGAACGUGCAAAAGCAGUUCCCCACUUUGGCCAAGGUGCUCUUGCCUAGGACCGAAACUGGCU